AAAAUAGUACCUUCCGCCCACCUAGAAACACUGGAUGAGUGCAAACAGCAGCCUUAAACACAAGCCAAUAACUAACUACGCAACUCUUUUCAAGGCACAAGACUCAAGAUGGAGGUAGAGUUGUACAAUUCUAUGAUAUGUAGACUUUGUGCUGUUGAAAAUUCAAGUGCAACCUUAUUGUAUUCUCCCGACGAAAAUGGAGAAACUCUCAGUUCCGUGGUUAACAAUUACCUUCCACUUCAGAUAGCCGAUGAUGGGAAACUACCCCGUACGAUAUGCCCACCGUGCAAUCUGCAGUUGCAUUCCACCAAAGCAUUUCUGGAUCAUGUUGUGGAUGGGCAACAGAAGCUGCGAGAGCUGUGGAAACAGCAGGUGGAGCUUCAAAAAAAAUUGGAUAAAGAGAGAUUGCGGAUAGCUCAGGGUCAAGAUAUAAUCAUUCCAGAAACAAUUACAGCAGAAGAUGGAACUGAAGCCCAGAUAUUAAUUCAUUUGCCUGGUGGGACUAUCUUCACAGCGGGACACAGCCUUUCUUUAAAAAUGGAAGGGUUAGAAAAACCAAAGAGAAAACGUGGAAGACCACCCAAGCAGCGUCCAGACCCAGAGCAAAUGCCCGCGGUGGAGGCCUCUUCCAUUGCCGAGAAGGACAAUGAGCAAAUGUUGAACGAAUCUAUGGAACAGGAUGAUAUGGAUGAUGAUGGAGAGGAAGAAGGAGAAGGCCGCAGAAGACGCAAGAAAAAAAUUCCCCGCAGAUUCAUGGAAGCUGUGCAGGGCAAGGAGCUUGAAAGAAUAUUCCGUGAAGAAGGAGUAAUUGAUGAAGAUGACGAUGAAGGGGGUAAAGCUAACAUGGAUAGCUCUCGCCCUGCUCAAUCAACCAAAGAUGAAGUCAUAGGACACCUAGAGACACCUGAUGGGGGCCUGGGUGAACUUGUCAUUGUUAAUCGUGGCCGCGGCCGAGGCCGUCCUCGUAAUUCCAAGAAACGCAAAAUAAACUAUGAGUGUGAAGUCUGUGGCAGAGGUUUCCAGCACCGCAGCAGAUAUACACACCACAAGAAUUACCACAAAGGAGUCAAAUAUGAAUGUGGAACUUGCCAAAAGCAGUUCAAUAGUAAAGAUAACUUAGACUUGCACCAUAAAACACUUGAGCACAGUGGUGAAGUUGUUAUUGAAGCUCCUAUGGAAGUGAAAAAAGAUGAUGGAUCUGGUGAAAAUAGUUUGCAUUGUGACAAAUGCAAUAAAGAAUUUCUUACUAAGGAAGAUUUUGAGGUUCAUUUACAAACUGUCCAUGAGAAUGAUAAGCCAUACAAGUGUCAGCUGUGCCCUAUGACUUUCCCUUACCAAUCUAGCCUCAAGUAUCACAUUAAAUCUCAACAUGACACUGGAAAUUCUGAACAACCUUCAAGUUCCGGCACCACAGAGGCAAAAUCUGAUGGAAAGGGUGGUUACGAAUGUGAUAUAUGUGGAAAAGUCCUUAACCAUCCUAGUUCUGUUCUGUACCACAAAGAGGCUGAGCACAAUGAUGGUCGUCGCUUUGUCUGCAGCAAGUGUGGUAAAGGUUUCAAGCAUAAGCAACUUCUGCAAAGGCACCAGCUCGUCCAUUCGGAAGACAGACCUUAUGUAUGCGGUGACUGUGGCAGUAGUUUUAAAACCAAAGCCAAUUGGUUGAAUCACCAGUCUACUCACACAGGGGAGAAGAAAUUCUUCUGUGAUCUUUGUGGGCAUCAAUUUGCCCACAAAACAAGCCUUACAUUGCAUUACAGAUGGCAUGCAGGCCACAAACCUUAUGAGUGUCACGUUUGCCAAAAGAAAUUCUCUCAGAAUGGAAAUCUUCAGGAACACCUUCGUAUUCAUUCUGGAGAAAAGCCUUUCUGCUGUGACUAUUGUGGACGGAAGUUCACAACAUCAUCACAGUUUAAGCUUCAUGUGAAACGGCAUACUGGAGAGAGGCCCUGGAAAUGUGAAUAUUGUGGAAAGUCAUUCUUGCACAAAGACACUUGGAAAUGCCACACAAGAAGACAUAAGGGAGAAAAGCCAUUCAGGUGCAAUUUUUGCACUCGUGGUUUUACUGAGCAAUGGGCCUUAAAGAAGCACAUGCGUUUGCACACAGGUGAGAAACCUUAUUCCUGCAAUGUAUGUGGAAAAUCGUUUGCUGAUUGCUCAAACCUCACCAAACACAAAAAGGUGCACAGGGAGAAUAACAAGGUUCCUCUUGGAAAUACACUGCCUAUGGAUCGAGCGGUGUGGAAUAUUAUCAGACAACAAAUGCCUGAGGAGCUGGGUGGCACUGCAGGUUCUGAUGAGAUGGUCGGAUUAGUGCCAGGGCCCUCAGGAGUGACAAGUGUCAAUGAAGAUGGUGAAGCUGUUCAACAAAUCAUUUAUGUGUCCUAUCAGGAUCCAGACGAUCCCUCAGAGUCUCACACUUUGCACAUAGUUGAUGAUGUGGCAGGAAGUGCUUCAGAUGAUUUAAAACUUUUGUCCGCUGGAGAUGAUACUACUCAGUUUGGUGAUGCAGUUGUUGGAGAUACGACACUGGACCUUGGUCAUCUUAUUGCACCCCAGGGUGUGCCUGUCACUGAUGAGGAAGGAAAUCCAAUCCAUUUUACAAUGCAGGAUGGAAGCCAACUUCAGAUUACAACACCCGAUGGGCAGUCGUUAAUGGUGACCACAGAAGAUGGUAGAGCCAUCCCUGUUCAAUUAACAACUGCUGAAGGUCAUCCAAUCUCCACAGGUUUCCCAGGUGCAGAUGUGUCUGUCCCAACCAGUCACUUGCACAUUGGCAAUGACCUUGGCGGCAAGAGCUUGGCUUGUGUUGGCGAUGGUUUAAUUGUGGAACAUUCAGGAGUUGGUGUUGUGGAUUCUGAUGGUGAUGUCGGACAGCAUAUAGAAUUUACAACUGAAGAUGGUCAAAAAUUAAGAUUUGUCGCCUCUUCUGAUGUGAACCAACUCCAACUUGUAGCAGAUUUAAUGUCAUCCCACAUGUCUCAGGUACCAUAAUUCUCAUCAGCAUCUCAGUACGAAAAUUGAUAUGAAGAAAAUUUAUAUAUACAUGUAUUAUAUAUAAUAUUAUUAUUAUCUAGAUUUAAUGUUUAUACCUUUUGUUUUUUGUUGUUGAUUAUACUGAAAAUUUGUUUGCAUAACAAUAUCAAUCAUUGUUAAUCAAGGAAUUAAUGAAGAAGACUAGUUGAAAACAUCUUGCAA